UUUUAUUUCAACAGCAACAACAUCUAGUAGCAAUUGUUGCACGCUUAAUUUAUAAUUGCAAAAAAAGACAAAAGCAAACUAACAACCACUUGUGAGCUGGCGGUUAAAGGGGCAAACCCAUUAAAGAGCAGAUCAGACGUCGUCACCGGAAUAGCGUAAAUCAGAACACGCAUCACGCUCCGGCAAUAACAAAAAAAAAAAAUGCCGUUUUCGCUACUCGUCUUGUGCUGUCGCUGAUUACUACGUGUUAUCUAUCCCUCUGCCAGAAUAAAUAGUUUAAUUUGUUACAAAUAGCCGAUCGAGUUCCCCCGGCAACGACAGACGCAUCGUAAUCGUCAAAAUGAGCGCUACUUUCCCCAGUUUCGCGGACAUUUCCUCCAAGUUCUCCGAGGCGACGCUGGACGAGAUCAUCCAGAAUGUGGGCGGUACACGUCACACCUCGUACAAGUUUGGGCCGAGUGGCAAGAAGGGCGAUGCCUACCUGAGCCGCGUCUUCCGCAUAACCAUCUACGGUGUGAAGGAGGAGGAUGGGGAGGAGCAACCCGUGGAGGUCAGUGUGAUUGUGAAGGCCAUGCCGGACAACCUCCACCGUCGCCGACUGUUCCGAUCGGUGAUAUUCUUCCGCAACGAGAUCAACUUUUACACCAAGGUCAUCCCGGCCAUUGAGGCUUUCCAGAAGUCGCGUAAGCCCCAGGCCAAGCAUCCGUUUGUGGAGUAUCCCAGAUGUGUGGCAUCGCUCUGUGACGGAGUCAAUGAUUUUAUUGCCCUAGAGGAUGUGGGUCCAAGGGGCUACAGGGCUCCUGUGCGCCAGGACUACAUUUCUUUGGAAGAUGCCCUAUUGACGAUGAAAACCCUGGGUCGUUUCCAUGGCGUGGCUCUUGCCUUCAAUGCCCUGGAUCAUGAGAACUUUGAAAAGGCGGCCGCUUCCCUGGAGGAGACAUAUUACGGCGAACACACCCGGGAGUGGUACACAAAAUUCCUGCUGCUGGCCGAGAAUGUGGCCAAGGAUGCCAUAACGCAUAUCUAUCCGAAUAGCAAGUACGAGACCAUUAGCGACAACUUCCUGCAGCCGCCACUCUUCGAUGAUUUGAUCAAUCUGGUGUCCACGCGCUCCAAGCUGAGUGUCUUCGGGCACGGCGAUUGCUGGACCCCCAACUUCCUGACCAAAUACGAUGAGCAGGGCAAGUCGGAGAAGAUCAUUAUCAUUGAUUUCCAGCUGGCAAGAUGCUCGUCUCUGGCCCUGGAUCUGAGCUUCUUCGUCUAUUCAUGCACCAGCCAGGAGCUGCGUGAGCAGCACUACGAUUCACUGCUGCGAGCCUAUUUGGAGAGUGCCCAGGAGUUGAUCCGUGAUUUGGGUGGUGAUGCCGAGGCCGUUAUUUCGUGGGACUCACUGCAGGAGGAGCUGAAGAAUUUCGGACGCUUUGGUUGCGGCAUGGGCAUUGAAUCCCUGCCCAUGACCAUGAUGGAGGACGAGGAGGUGGCCGAUUUGGAUAGCAUUCAGGAGAAUGCCAUUCUUACGGACGUGUGGAACCUAACGCCGUUCACGGAUACCAGCAAGCAGCAACGACUGGCCGAUAUCUUCAAGCAUGCCAUCGAUCAGGGCUACAUCAAGUAGGAAGUUCGUAUUGGGGCAAUAAUUUCUGGGACCGCCUACCUGUGCGCCCCUUCUUUUUCCGCGAUCAAAUCAAGAUCAUUUAGUAUUGCAGAAUUUAUCCAUGUAACCAUUAUGAUGCAUGUACAAAAUAUAUAGCUUCAACAUUGUUAACAUAA